CAUGAUCUUAAUCGUAGUUUCGUGGGUUUCUUGCUGUAGAAAUCUCUGUGAAUUCGUCAAGAAAUGUGAUUCAAGAAUCUUGUUUAUGUUUGUUCUUUGAUUUAGGUUUGUGUGAGAAAACAGAACAAUGUAUCCUUGUGGUUACGUUGCUCAAGUCACCAACUUGUCUCCUCAAGCCACUGAGAAAGAUGUUCAUAGGUUCUUCUCUCACUGUGGUAUCGUCGAGCUCGUUGAAAUCACCGGGUAUGAAGGGGAUGCUUUAACGGCUUAUGUAACCUUCAGAGAUGCGUAUGCUCUAGAUAUGGCCGUGUUGCUUAGCGGAGCUACCAUCGUUGAUCAAACCGUUUGGAUAUCAGUGUACGGUGUCUAUUUACAUGAAUCUAACAAUCUCAGACAAGAAGAAGAUUAUACUGUAACGGCGACUCGUUCAGACGCAUUUGCUUCAUCCCCUGGAGAGGCAGUAACCGUGGCUCAACAAGUUGUAAAGACGAUGUUAGCUAAAGGCUACGUUUUAAGCAAAGACGCCAUCAGUAAAGCCAAAGCUUUGGAUGAGUCUCAGAGAUUCUCAAGCUUGGUAGCGACCAAAUUGGCAGAGAUCAGCCAUUACCUUGGCCUCACACAGAACAUUCAGUCGAGUAUGGAAGUCGUGAGAUCAGCGGACGAGAAGUAUCAUUUCUCGGAUUUCACAAAAUCCGCGGUUCUUGUCACGGGAACAGCUGCUGUAGCCGCAGCCACCAUUACAGGGAAAGUGGCUGCAGCUGCAGCUACUAGUGUGGUCAACAGUCGAUACUUUGCUAAUGGGGCUUUAUGGUUCUCAGAUGCUUUGGGCCGGGCUGCUAAAGCAGCGGCCCAUAUGGCUGGAGGAGGAAGCGAUUAAUGUAAAUCGUCUUUGGGCUUCGUUGGAAAAAACACAAAUAAAUGUCUAUAUGUGAGGUUUUAAGGCAUAAAGGUGUUGGGGAAAGAAAAAAACUAUCAUGUAGAUAUGAUUAGUAACGUUACAUGUUGAUCCCUGUAUGUUGAGAAAAUAGACAGAAAUUAUAAAAUACUUUAUUACAU